AUGGCUAAAGCAUUAGCUUCACAGUGGCCAGAAUCAUGUCAUCGGUUGUGUAUUUGGCAUAUUUAUCAAAAUGCUGCAAAGCAUCUUAGCCACGUGUUUCAUAAAUUUACCAACUUCGCAACUGAUUUCACAAAUUGUGUCUAUGAUUACGAGGAUGAAGAAGAAUUUACAAAUGCUUGGUUUAAGAUGCUUGAAAAAUACAAUCUCAAUGGAAAUGAUUGGCUAAGAAGAUUAUAUGAUCUAAAGGAAAAAUGGGCACUAGUUUAUGGGCGAGACACCUUUUGUGCUGAAAUAACCACCACUCAACGCAGCGAAAGCUUAAAUAGUCUUGUAAAAAGAUAUGUCAGCUACAAGUAUGAUCUAUUGCGUUUUUUCGAGAAUUUUGAAAGACUAGUGGAUGAUCGUCGUUACGAAGAAAAAAGGAUGGAUUUUAGAGCGAGCCAAAGUACUCCUACAUUAUCAUUUCCAGCAAAAAUUUUGAAGCAUGCAGCAAGUGUUUAUACACCAGCAGUAUUCAAGUUGUUCCAGAUACAACUAUGUAGAGCUCAUGAUUGUUCCUUUAGCUGCUUUAACGAUGGUGAAAGUGAAACAUUAAGUAAAUAUAAAGUUAUUCCACAUGGGAAAAAAUACCACCGCACAGUCAUUUAUGACUCGAAAAAUAAUAAUGUUUCAUGCAGCUGCAGGAAAUUUGAAUUUGCUGGUUACUUGUGCUCACAUGCUUUAAAAAUCCUUUGUGUAAAGGAUAUUAAGAGCAUUCCUGAUCAGUAUAUUUUGAAGAGAUGGACAAAAGAUAUUAAGUGCGUUAGCACGAAAAUCGGUUCAAAUCUUCAUGAAAAAAUAGAGUCAAGGGAAAAUGUCGUAAGGAGAUAUAGAGAGUUGUGUAGAUCAUAUAUUCAACUAGCAACAAGGGCAGCUGAGUCUGAAGAGGUAUAUGAAAUUUCCAAACUAGGACUGGAUACCACGUUGAAGGAAGUUGAUGCAAGUUUGAGGGGACUUACAAUUCAGGAAGACCCAAUAAACAAAGACAUCACAUCGGAAACUAGCGAUGACCCAAAGCUAGUUGUCACUGCUAUUCAUAAUAGCUAUCAAGCAGUAAAGGGGAUUAAAACAAAAGAGAAGGCAACUAGUACUACUUCCGUUAGGCCAAAAACCGCUUUAGAAAGAGCUACACAACCAAAAAAACCUCGACAGACAGUUUUAGAUCCUCAUGAACACCCAUCUGCACUUCCACAUCAAAUCCAACAGGAACCAAAUUCAUUUACUGGAACCAUGGGAAUAUAUAGCAGUCAAAUGUUGCCGAUGCCGUCAUCGACAUUGAUACCUCAACGUAGUAGCCAUGAGCUACCGAUGCACCUACCCAUGUCUCUGCCUUCGCAUGAUUUAUAUAUGGGAACCAUGCCUACAUUGACGUCUGUACCUAUCUAUAGUAAUCCUAUGUUACAGACAACUCUACCUUCAAACAAUGUGCCGCAAUGGUAUACGGGAGGUAGUGGAGGCUACAAUACUACAAGCAAUUAUCAACAACAUUCCAAUGGCAUGGUUAACUUCUUACAGGAACAAGUGCAACUACAAACAAGACAAGGCAACGAGCAGUUGAAUAACCUACAUCCCCGCAGCUACCAAUGA